UUGUGGGGGUUGGCGCGAAGCUCAAGAAUCAUCUCAAAAUGGCGGCCACCGAGAAACCGCUCGAUGGUGUGAAAACCAGUCUAGUGACAGAUGUGUUACAGAAAACAGGGCAGUUAGAGCAGGAAGACUUUAACAAGUGUGCAACAAAGAUGCUGAAGAAGGCAGAAGAAGUCAAGGCGGAAGUUUUCAAUACCAUUUACAAGGAAUAUUCAUAUGCUGGUUUUCAAGAUUUGAGCUCAUCAACAUCAGAAUUGAACUGGAAAGUCUCCAGUCUUCUGAAAGAAAUAGAUGCAACAACAAAGAAAGUCAAGGGAAGUAUUUUACCUGAUCUAGAUGCUGCUGCGGAAGAGCAUGCUAACCUUGUUCAACAGCUGAAAGAGACUGAUAUGGUCAGAGUUAUACUGAUACGACUUGGAAAGAUUCAUUUAGGGCUAGAAACAUUACCUGGAACUUUAAAGAGUAAAGCAUUUUGCAAAGCAGCCAAGCUUCUAGAGGAUUUGAGAGAAGACCUUGAACAUGUACCAAGGGCUGGACAAGAGGGCAAAAUCUUUAUUGCACUCAGGGAAGAAUUGAGGAGAUUGAGUAUCCAGUUGGUCAAUAAGCUUGACACGACAUGGAAUAACUGCUUGCUCUGGUCAAUACCAACGUCUUCAUCACUAGACAGCGCUCAUGCACAUCUGAAAACGCAGCUAAAGCUCUGCACUUAUGGUUCUGAAAUUACAGAAGUGAUCAAUGCACUGGCCUUUCUUGGACGGUUAGAACAAAAGCUUAAGAUAUUUGGAAAGAAGCUGAUUCAAUUUAUUUACCGGCCACUGAUUAUUUUUCCCAAUCUCAAAGUUUCAGUGGAAAAGGAUAAGGAGGACAUCACAAUCUCACUUGUCAGAGAUACAACAAAAUGCAAAAUUGUUGAACCAGGAAAGGUUUACAGUAAAAUAAUUGAAGUCCUUGAGGUUCUGUGUACCUACUUCACACCAUCACAAGAUAAUUCUGGAUUGCCUAAAAUAUCAAUCCUUCAAUAUCUUGGUAAUUUCCUUUGGCCUGCACUGUCUGAAGACCUGAUCAAGGACUGUCUAGCCAAAUCAAUACCUAACACAAGUGCCCAGCUUGAAAAAUACCAGGAGGUUAUUUCUCAAACAGAGAAGUUUGAAGAAGAGCUGCAUAAACUUGAAAUAGUCGACAAGCUUCCAUCCUCCCUUACGAAGUAUGCCAAAGAUGUUGGUGUUCAUUUUGGCAACAAAAAGUGUCAAGAUCUGCUAGUGACAGCCAGGGAUCUCAUGAAAGAUGACAUUUACAACACAGUGAUGGUGGACAGGUUUACUGAUACUGCACUGCUUGUCACACCACAAGAAAUCCAGGAAGCCCUGUUGGGCAAAAAGUCUAAGGAAAUUAGUGAAAUUACAAAAAGUGACAACGAAGAAACUCUUAGUGAAUUCACCUUCCAUUUUCCAACAUGCCGCAUAAGUGAAAGCACCAAAAAGCUUAUGGACCUUGCCUACAGCACUCUUAUUGAAGCAACUACUUCACCAUUCCAAACGGCUGUGCAAUUAUUUUACACUGUGCGCAACGUCUUCGAGCUUUAUUGCAGUGUUGUCCCUGCAUACCACCAAGAUAACCUGGCCACCCUUCCUCAGUUAUCUGCACUUCACCACAACAACUGCAUGUACAUCUCGCAUCUGCUUAUGACAGCCGGACACCAGUUCAGUGCGCAAUUACCUGAGCCACUCGGAGUGGGAACGGUGACAUUCAUGGACUUGGUGCCGACAGUGAGAGAGAUAGGAGAGAAGUGCCUGUUUGAACAGCUGAAAAGACAAAGGUCACAAUUGCUAAGCACCAUUAGAGCCGCUGAAGGAUUUGCUGAUGCAAAUGAAGACCAUAGAAGCAGUCAAAUAGAGAGAGCCCUAAAACAGGUGCUGCACCAGCUCUCACAUUUGAGUAAAAUCUGGAAAGGUGUUCUCCCGGAGGACUUGUUCUACCAUUCUCUUGGGGCUCUUCUGGAUGCAGUCAUUCAGGAAAUCACCAAUGAAGUUCUCAAACUAGAGGAUCUAUCAUCAGAUGAAGCACACCAACUCAACUUCCUCCUUAAUGUUGUUAUCAACAAAGCCCCUGAGCUGUUCCCAGAUCCAUCAUCAGCUGUACCUCACUGGUCAAGAUACAGCCAACUAAUAAGCAUCCUUGAGUCUAGUCUACAGGAAAUCACAGACUCAUGGGGAAAUGGCAAUGGCCCCCUUGCUCAGGACUUCAGUGCUGGGGAGAUUCGCAACCUAAUCAGAGCAUUGUUUCAAAACACUGAUAGACGGGCUGCUGCCUUAGCAAAAAUCAAAGCCUCAUAAUAACAGACUGAGAAUAUUUUUAAAAGCUAUUAACUUUGGCUAUUGGAAUACAGCAAGAUGAGUUUUUGAUUGUGAAUUACAACUGCAUUGUAUAUACCAAAGAGGAGUAGGGAAUAUUUAUGGGGAUUCAGGAAAAUAGAUGAAACAGCCUGAAGAGGUAAGAGGACAAGAGGGAGAAGUACGGCAAGUGGCUACCAUUUUAGGACUAGAGCAAAAAGAAAUUUUUAUUGAUGUUAUGCAAUUGUUAUACUGCUGCAAGUUUAGAGUGAUGCUAAUAUUAAAGUCAAAUUAAAUAAGAAAUGUUGAAGUGCUAGGUGACAACAAUGCAGAAAACAUUAGCAAGUUUCUACUAUUUAUUAACUAUGCUGUCACAGCACAAAGCAUAAUUAUUUGUCAUCUAUUAGUGUGACACUAAGUGGUCCACAAACAUAUAUAUAUGUAUACACAUAUAUACACCUAUUUCAAAUAAGGUUGCACUGGAGAAUCCAUGUAUCCCUAACCUGUAGAAGUGCAUAAGUUGCUGAAUACCGAAUGCCAUGCAAAUCUGAAUGCCUUGUAAAUGUUAACAAACAGAUAAACAAGAAUGUAACAGCUUUCUAGAACUGAAUAUAUAUAUUAUAUAUAUAUGUUUGUGGACCACUUAGUGUCACACUAACAGAUGACAAAUAAUUAUGAUUUGUGCUGUGACAGCAUAGUUAAUAAAUAAUAGAAACUUGCUACAUUGUUGUUGUCACCUAACCCUUCAACGUUUCUAAUUUAAUUUGACUUUAAUAUUAGCAUCACUCUAAACUGGCAGCAGCAUAACAAUAUACUAAUACUUCAGAUGAAACCACACAAACAAACAUCAUUUGUUAUAAAUAAAUCUGUAAUACGGUA